UCACUGAUGGGCACUGAAAGGCAGCACUGAUAUAUAUGGCACUGAUAGGUGGCACUGAUGGGCACUGAUAGAUGGCACUGACUGGAACUGAUAGGUGGCACUGAUUGGCAGUACUGAUAGGUGGCACUGACUGGCACUGAUGGGUGACACUGAAAGGCAGCUCAGAUGGGCACUGAUAUGUGGCAUUGAUGCAGCACUGAUGGGCACUGGCACGUGGCACGUGGCACUGAUGAGCACUGACAGGUGGCACUGCUGGUGCUACACUGAUCAUCAGGGCACACUGAUCAUCAGUGCCCUGAUGAUCUGUGUACAUGUCCCCUCCGUGGAAUGCCGAUUAUUGGCUCUCCUCUCCUCUGUCAGCGUGACAGCUCGUGAGGAGAUAAAAGCCGAUAACCGGCAU